CCCUAAUCAUCGCGCCUGCUUCUAAAAAGUGACCAAUCUGUCGCUGUCGUAGAUUAUCUCUGCCUCUACCCAUAUAGGCAGCUUUCCUUGAUGGUCUCUACUUUCAUACUGCUUUCCUAAAUCUAACAUCCACCUCAUAGUAUAUUCUGCGUAUUGCGACUCCCUGGCUUCCUUGUACUUGCGAAGUUGCUGUAUCCUCAGGCUAUCAGCACUUUCCUCUACACCCCAGCCAACAAGUUAAAGCACGGUCGUGCCAUACGACCCGUCUAAGAGCUUCCGACUGUUAGCUCUCUGCUGACGCUGAGACUUGCCUUCUCACCGUUUCAUUUCUACUGUCCGUCUGGGCCUCCUUUCACCAUGAAUCGAGCCCUCUCCAUACGCUCCAAUAGGAACCGCUCGGGCUCCCAGAACAAGCGCGCCAGCGGGGGCGGCGGCAGCGCCUUCUCCUUCAGCUCCUUGCGCGGGAACAUCCAGCCAGAGCUGUCUCGCAAGCUCUACCGCCUCAUCAAGGCGGAGAACAACCUCAUCUCCGCCCACGAGGCCGCCGGCCGCGAGCGCAUCUCCAUCGCGACACAGCUCUCUGAAUGGGGCGAGCACACCGGUGACGAUGCCAUCAGCGACAUCUCCGACAAGGUCGGGGUGGUCCUCAGCGAGAUGGGCGAGCUCGAGGACGGUUAUGCCCAUGACCUGGACGACUCGCGCGCCAUGCUCAAGGCCAUUCGUAACACGGAGAGGAGCGUCCAGCCGAGCCGCGAUAAUAAGAACAAGAUUGCCGACGAGAUCCAGAGGCUCAAGGUCAAGGAGCCGCAGAGCACCAAGAUUGUCGUUUUGGAGCAGGAGCUUGUCCGCGCCGAGGCCGAAAAUCUCGUGGCCGAGGCCCAACUGACCAACAUUACCCGUCAAAAGCUCCGAGAUGCCUACGAAGCCGAAUUCACCGCUACCAUCGAGCGCGCUGAGAAGCAAAUUCUCCUCGCCAAGCACGGUCGGCGCCUCCUCCAGCUGCUGGACGAUAAUCCUGUCGUCCCCGGCGAUCUCCGCGCGGAGUAUCCCCACGCCCAGCAGGCGCGCCAGAUCCUCAACGACGCGGAGGACGACCUGCGCGACUGGCAGCCCCAGCACGACGAGUUUGGCUUUGCCGCUCCGCAAGAACAGCAGCCGGUGUCCAGGGUGUCUACGGGAGAGCAGCCCACCAAGGACGUCAAGGGGAAGGGGAAGAUGGUGGAUAACGACGAGAAUAUGAGCAUGGCUAGGACGGAUAGUCGCACGGAAGGAGGGAGCCCGCUGCGUGGCGACGACAGAACGGUAGAAGGGAGCGUAGGCCAGGGGGAGACGACGCUGUGACAUCCCUGAAACUGACUCAUUUUUCGGGCUUCGGUGAGAGAUCUGCGGUGUUGACGAAGCAAAGGGAAUUCAGGUUAUUGCCGAGUUAAGUGAUGGUAAUUUUGUAGGAUUAGGGAGGAUCCGAACUCGUUGUGGUGCAUGGUUGGCCAGAAGCAGAACUAUAUGUCUUUUCGGAUAAGAAAUUUGAAGGUCAAUCAGUUUAUGGUACGAGGUUGUUUUCUUUACUUUCAGGUAGUUUUCUUUCACUUCUUUUAUAACGACCAAUUUUUAUCUUUUUUUCCCCCGG